CUGUCAAACAAACACUCGUGUUCUCCUCUCUCUCUCUCUCUCUCUCUCUCUCUCUCUCUCCGUCUCUCUCCUACUCUCACGUGCUCUCGUGUGUGUCUCAGUCGCUCUCUGCUGCUCAGUUCAUCAUGUUGGCUGGAGAAUGCUGCGUGCAGCAGCGCUCUCUCUCCUGCCCUGGCGCAGGUCGCAUCUGUCCCACCCGCCACAGCUGAGCACUCUCACGGAGGAGGACGAGCCGGAACGGCAGCAGCAGGAGGAAGAGGACGAGGACGAAGGCUCCGGGGUCCAGCCGGACCCCAUGUUCCAACAGACGGCGUACCUGCUGGAGGGUCCGGAGGACAUGGUGGCGUCGUCCGGGGGGCUGAAGUCUCCAGACUGGGUGUACGAGUCCUACUACCGUAUGAGCCAGCAGCAUCCGCUCAUCGUGUUCCUGUUGCUCAUCGUCAUGGGAGCAUGCCUGGCUCUGCUUGCCGUGUUUUUUGCCACCGGACUGACCAUGGAGGAACACAUGGCCUUCAUCAUGACUGUGCCCACAACUCUGGCCAUUUUUCUCACCAUCUUCAUCCUCGUCUGCAUUGAGUCGGUCUUCAAAAAGCUUCUCCGCCUCUUCUCCCUGCUCAUCUGGGGCUGUCUGGUUGCCAUGGGUUACCUCUUCAUGUUCUUCGGUGGGAUCAUCUGUCCAUGGGACCAGGUCUCAUUUUUCCUGUUUAUUGUGUUUGUGGUGUACACCAUGCUGCCGUUCUCCAUGAGGGAUGCCGUCAUCGCUAGUGUCCUCACUUCAUCCUCCCACACACUAGUGCUCAGCAUCUGGCUCUCGAACACUACCGAGCACAUGGAGGCCCUCGUCUGGCAGAACUACAUCAUAUUUGAACUCAAACAGACGUACCACGACACCUGCAACUGCAUCAAGUCUCCCAUCAAACUGGAAUUCGAGAAACAUCAGCAGGAGCGUCUUUUGCUGUCCCUGUUGCCCGCCCACAUUGCGAGGGUGAUGAAGGCAGAGAUCAUUCAGAGACUGAAGGGGCCUAACUUCGGCCAGGCAGAAAACACCAACAACUUUCACAACCUCUACGUACAGAGACACACCAAUGUAAGCAUUCUGUAUGCAGACAUUGUUGGAUUCACGCGUCUGGCCAGUGAUUGUUCGCCUGGAGAAUUGGUCUACAUGCUCAAUGAGCUUUUCGGCAAAUUUGACCAGAUAGCCAAGGAUAACGACUGCAUGCGGAUCAAGAUCCUGGGCGACUGCUAUUACUGUGUGUCAGGGCUGCCAGACCCUCUGACUGAUCACGCCAAGGACUGUGUGAAGAUGGGGCUGGACAUGUGUGAGGCCAUCAAGAAGGUGAGAGAUGCUACCGGAGUUGACAUUAGCAUGCGUGUUGGAGUGCACUCUGGGAAUGUUCUCUGCGGUGUGAUUGGCCUCCAGAAAUGGCAGUAUGAUGUUUGGUCACAUGACGUCACCCUGGCCAAUCACAUGGAGGCGGGGGGUGUACCUGGACGGGUUCACAUCUCUUCUGUGACACUGGAACAUUUGAAAGGAGCUUAUCAAGUCGAGCCAGGCAAUGGACAAAGCAGAGAUUCCUACCUGAAAGAGCACGGCAUCAUCACGUACCUAAUAAUCAACCCGAAGGCAGAAAAACGGAGUCCCCCACUACCUGCUCGGCUUCGUCCCACUCUGGAUGGGGCCAAGAUGAGGGCGUCUGUCCGCAUGCCGCAGUACCUCGAGUCCUGGGGAGCAGCCAAACCGUUUGCUAACCUCCACCAUCGAGACAGCAUGACCAACGAGAACGGCAAGAUCAACACACACGAUGUGCCAUUAGGGCAGUACAGCUUUCAGCAAAGGUCUGAAAGAACAAAAUCGCAGAAAAAGAGAUUUGAAGAGGAGUUGAACGAAAGAAUCAUUCGCACUAUUGAUGGCAUUAACUCACAGAGACAGUGGCUGAAGUCGGAGGACAUUCAGAGGAUAUCUCUGUUCUUUCAUAAUAAGACACUCGAAAAAGAGUACAGAGCCACAACUCUGCCGGCCUUCAAGUACUACGUCACCUGUGCUUGUCUCAUUUUCUUCUGCAUCUUCAUAGUGCAGGUCUUAGUCUUGCCGAAAACCACCGUCCUUGGAGUUUCAUUCGGAAUGGCCUUCCUGCUGCUCGCCUUGAUCCUCGCCAUUUGUUUUGCUGGUCACAUACUGCAAUGGGGCAGAGCAGCCUCCUGCACAAUGCCCUGGCUCCCCAGCUCCUCUAAAGUCAUCACCAACAAGCCCUGGAUACGACUUGCGCUCACCAUGGCAACCACUGCACUUAUCCUAGUCAUGGCCGUGUUCAACAUGUUCUUCUUAGGCCAAGAAAAGAUGGUAGCAUCACCUCCACUCAACAUUUCCAACAACAGUAUGGAUGGUUCAAAUGCUCAAACCACAGACUCCUCAAACAACAAGUUCUACUUGCCAUAUUUCAUCUACAGCUGCAUUCUGGGAUUGAUCUCAUGCUCCGUGUUCCUGAGGAUAAACUAUGAGCUGAAGAUGAUAAUUAUGCUUGCUGCUGUAGUGGGUUAUAAUAUCAUCAUUCUUCAGACCCACGCCUCUGUACUGGAUGAUUACAGCAUGGCCCUCUACAAGACCAAGCAACCAGACCGGCCAGGUGUUCUUAAAGAUUUGAAAACCAUGGGCUCCGUGUCAUUGUUCAUUUUCUUCGUCACUUUGCUUGUGCUUGCCAGACAGAAUGAAUAUUACUGUAGGUUAGACUUCCUGUGGAGGAACAAGUUUAAGAAGGAGUGUGAGGAGAUUGAGACCAUGGAGAACCUGAACCGGGUGCUUUUGGAGAACGUACUUCCUGCCCAUGUGGCAGAACAUUUCCUGGGGCGAAACUGGAAAAAUGAGGAUCUUUACCAUCAGUCGUAUGAUCUUGUGUGUGUGAUGUUCGCCUCCAUCCCAGACUUCAAGGAAUUUUACACAGAAUCUGACGUUAAUAAGGAGGGAUUGGAGUGUCUCAGGCUCCUUAAUGAGAUUAUAGCAGAUUUUGAUGAGUUGCUGUCAAAACCUAAAUUCAGUGGUGUGGAGAAGAUCAAAACGAUUGGCAGCACAUACAUGGCUGCAACGGGGCUGAAUGUGACCCCUGGACCAGAGUACGCGCAGGACCACGACCGGCAGUACAUGCACAUUGGAACAAUGGUGGAGUUUGCAUUUGCUUUGGUGGGGAAGCUUGACGUCAUCAACAAACAUUCCUUUAAUGACUUCAAGCUGCGAGUGGGAAUAAACCACGGCCCAGUAAUUGCAGGAGUAAUCGGAGCACAGAAACCACAGUAUGAUAUCUGGGGGAACACGGUGAAUGUAGCCAGUAGGAUGGAAAGCACAGGGGUGCUUGGGAAAAUACAGGUCACUGAGGAGACGAGUCGGAUCUUGCAGACGUUGGGCUACAUGUGUUCCUGUCGAGGGAUUAUCAAUGUGAAGGGCAAAGGGGAUCUCAAAACCUUCUUCGUUCACACUGAGAUGACACGAUCCUUAUCACAAGGGAAUGUAAUGCCUUGAACCUCAGUCACACACCAGUCAGUCAUUGACCUGAUUAAAACAUGUACAGUUCAAUAUAGCGUUGGCCUACUGUAGUGGAGCUCUACAGCGUUCUGUUUGCACCACAUACACUAGAUUAUUUGCAUUGCUUUAUAAGUAAUGGAUGGCUCGGCGGCUCUGUGUAACCCAGACUUGUAAUUGUGUGUUGCUCAAUCCAUAAUUUAAAGCAGCAGAGAUUUUGUAAAAUAAAGACAAUUAACAAAGG